AUGAUCUUAAGAGGUGUUCCUUUACAUCUCUGGAAUGCUACUGGUUUUUCAAAGAUUGCUAGUCUUGUGGGGAAACUUAUCAUGACAGAUGCCCCAACUGCAAUGAAGACAAGAAUGUCUUUUGCAAGAAUCUGUGUAGAGAUUGAUGCUGAGCGUAAAUAUCCAACAAAGCUGCCUUUCCGAAUAGAUGAUAAGAAGUAUAAAGUGAGAGCAGAAUACUCCUGGAAACCAUCCUCAUGUUGUCAUUGUAAAAGCUUUGGUCAUUUGAGUCAUAAUUGCGGCUCUAACUCAAAGCCUAAGCAUACAAAAAACCGGGUUCAUAUGCCUAUUGCACCUUCAACGGCAGGUGAACCAAAUCCUAUUAUGAAUGAAACAUCUCAAGAUUAUGAAAUUAGAGUAGAAGAUGGUAAUGUAGAUGGAGGGAAAAUGUCUAUGGCAAUUCUGGCUCCUAAGGUAACAACUGAAACAGAAGUAGUGGCGAGUCAGAGUCGGUUGGAUGCAGUUGAUUCUACAAAGCAGUGGACAACCUACACCAAUAGAAAGAAGAUUGCAGGUAGAAAGCAAGAUACAAUGCAAGUUCCUACUUGCAGCCCAAAUUCUUUUGAAGCUUUGUCUGAAGAAUAUGAAAGUGUAAGGGAAGAAGAUAUACCAAACAACAUCUUUAAUUCUGAACUGCCUUUUGCAAAGUGA